AUGGCGGAAUCCCAAUCGCAUGCGCCAGCUUCUCCUUGUGCCGGAGCUGCAGACGAUGCCGUAGCGGCGUCAGAGGACAUCUCAGUCAAUGCGUGUCUCUGUAAGCACCUCCUCCAAAAUUUUUCUCAGCUGCCACAGCCACAACUCGUGACGAGUGCGGCGUUCCUCGACGCACUCGCACGGUAUCCUCUACCAGUCGUCUCGGCUGCCACUGCGCACGAUAUUGCCGGGUCAGAGCAGCAACGGCAGGCGCACCAGCUGUCAGUCCGCUCUCCUUCGCAACCCCCUUCAGAAGUGCCAUCAGAGCCAGCAGCGGAUGUAUUUGCUUCGCCAAUAAGAAUUCAGACGUCGACUGCAUCGCUGCCUGAGGAAGGGUACGUGCGUUUCAGUGACCCAGCGCAGGAUGUUUCCAGUGAUCUGAUAGCUGCGAUACACCAAUUCUGGGCUCCCCUAUCAGCGUCAGAGAUCUCGUCGCCUCCUCUUCCCUCGCAGGCUGCGGCGACGGAGGAGGACCCGCACGCCUCUUUGCCGACAGCGGCGGACUUGGCGAGAAGAUCGCAGCCACCUCCCCCGCCACCGUGGGCGGCCUUCUCUCCCUUUCGCUUUUGUGCAGAUCCGUCGUUUCGUGCUGCGCUGCGAGGGCUUCCCGGGCGCUGCGGCGGCGCGGUCAGUGAUCAUCAGCUAAGGCAGCGCGCUGUGGUGCCGCGCUUGCAGCCGAGUCGUCACGCGACUGGCCCCUCCUCUCUUGCUCUUCCUGCCGGGGGUAUUACGUCCUCGUGGCGUUCGACUGGGAAAGGCCGGCAUGGCGAGCCGUGCACUCUCUCAGCUGUCACCGCUGUCGACGUUUCCGCACCGGAUGGCGGCAGCAUUUCCUUUGCUGGAACACUGGUUUCCCCGUGGACGGUGAUGGAUGCGUGGUGCCACGGCUUGGCGGCGGACGGAGGCCGAAAUCGAAAGCGCACUCGCACUGCGACGGCCACGUCAGCUUCGCCGACGAGUGCUGAGGCCAUGACUUCCACGCCUUGUCGUCGUGCCGGCAUCCAUAGCAGAGGCAAGGCGACAGCGGGCUCAAAGGACGGUCCACCGCCGACCGUCACCACGGCAGGCGCGCAGGACCCCCUCCGCACAAACCCAUCACCCGACUCAAUCGCGUCAUUGCUCUCAUGGGCCUCUCCAACAACGCCGUGCGAGACAGCGGAUGUGUUGCAGAGACGCGUUGCUGAGAACGAUAAUCUGCUUGACCUGCUGCUUGGGGCGGAGCAGAGCGCAUCGCGGCCGCCAGAGCUUGCUGGUCGGCUGGUGUGUCCACGGGCGCGGCUCACGGAAACUACAAGGGUUACCGGCGCUGAACCGAAUAUGGAGAGAGAGGAUGACGGAAUCGCCUUGGCGGAAAGCAACUGCGGUGCGAGGCCAUCCCUUACCGAGACGACCUCGACACUGGGGACGUUUGUUGUGCAUGUCGACGCUGACGAAUUUGCUUCAAUUUCUGCGCAAAGAGGUCAGAUGACCACAUCUUUGGCGACGACAAGGUCGCCCACUACGGCCCUGAUGCGUCUGGACCCAGUUAUGGGUAUAUGCGCUGAGACAGACUUCUCCUAUAGUGCUGGUGACGGCAGUAGUGGGGAACAUGUGCUCAUCUCUAGCGUGAAGGACCUCAGGAACACGUGUGCGCGACUCGGACUGCUGAGCACAGGCUCGAAGGCAACCCUGCAGCAGCGCCUCCAUCUUCACUACACAUCCGCGCCGCCGCCGCCGGGUGACUUUCGUGCCCCGCUGGCGGCGGCAGCAGCGAAGAUGUCUCCUUUACCCCAUGUGUCGCGUGGCUCUGGUGCAACCAGACAAGUGAACGGAGUUGGGACUUCUCGUUUUAUCAGUUCUCCUCCACGGACGGUCUUCCGCUACCGCAGUCCAUCGCAGUCGUCCGGUUCAGCCUUGCUCGCAUCUGCUGCCGCGGUGGCAGCCGGUCAGACGCGGACAUGCACUUCUGAGGCAGUGACUGCGCCGGCGACGCGGACGGCUACGGCCGCUGCAGGGGAGCCCGCUGCGGCAUCUGCCUCUCCUACAGGUAUGGCUGCGGGUCAGCGUGGUCAUUUCGUUCCAUCCCCUACGCAGUUCCUUCACGAUUUCGCCUCUCGAAAGCCACAGACGCCACCCACAGCGCCUGGCACUCUCUACGCCGCAAACUCACCCGCCUCCGUGGCAGCUGAGCGAGCGCAGCAGGCUGAACUCACGGGCGAGAUGGGCCGCGUACGCUGGCAGUGGUUGGUGGACUUCCGAGAGCGUGCUAGCGCGCAUCGUGGCGGCAGGCGCCAGCAUGAGGGCAUGCUGGACGUCUUCCGCAAGCAGCAUGUGCCGUGUACAUCGAUGAUGCUGCCGGCCGGCGACUUCAUGUUGUCCGUGGAGCUGUCGCCCGAGGAGGCCGCUUCGAUGCAUGUGUGUGGCGUUGCAGCGAGUACGGAUGCGGGUGCCGGAGUGCUGAGCGACUCUGCCACUACAGAGGGAGCUGCGCCGGUUCUCAGCCACGUGUGUUCCCUCGUUGUGGAGCGCAAGACGUCCGCAGACCUGGAUGCGAGCGUGAAGGGCACACGAUACGCGGAGCAACGGCGAUUGCUUGCAGCAUCGCCGUUUCGCUUGGUCGUGUGGCUGAUCGAGGGAGCAGACGUUGCGGGCGGGGGCGGCAGCAGUUUCUCUCGUGGCGGUCAGCGCUACUGUCAAGGCGGUGGCGGUACCGGAAGUGGCGCCCAGAAAGACUGUCGCAGCUCAUCACCCGCCCUGUCAUCGCCGGCAGAGAGUGCGCGUCAACGCGUCGACUCGGCGUGUGCUUCAUUGGGCCUCCACGGGAAGGGCUGGAUGGUGGUACGCACCCGUAGUACGACAGAGUCUGUGCAGUUUCUGAAGCUGCUUGCGACUCAAGUGGCGCGGCAGCUGGCCGGUUAUCGUUUUCGUCGCCGGUGCGCUGGCGAGGGCGAUGGCGCUAUGCUGAGUGGUACUGAUGUCUGUGUUGCAGCCAGGGGCGCGGCGCAGCACCCAUCCGCUCAGUGCGUUGCACGCAUUGGCGGAGGAGACGCCUGUUUUGGUAACCUCGGCUGCCGCAACGCAGGUGGUGAUUCAUCAAAGGCGUGCAUGUCAGCCGCCGUAUCACUGUUAGAGUUGACUCCCACCAACACGUGUCUGCAGUCUGUGAGCGCUCUGCAGCGGCGCCUGCGCGCCAAGACGGCAUUUCUGCGCAUGCUUAUGUGCGUCCGCGGCUGCUCGGCCGCGCUCGCGUCGCUGCUCGCUUCCAAGUACGGCACAAUGCUGCGGUUUUGGCGAGAGCUUCGACGGCGCGGCCAGGAGGCGUGUGACGCCGACCCCGACAUUCAGCGCCUCACCACGGCUCAGAAGAAGGUGUACGUGCUGCUCACCGAGUUCUUGCUCGCCAAGGACUACUACUGA